UCAGUUUUUUCCCUACUACACUCUUUCACUCAACAUUUACUCAUUCACUCCUCAUUUUCUGCUAGAAACUUAAGGAGUUUAUAGUUCUGUAGUCGAUGAAGGGCUUCAAAUCUGAUCUUAGGAGUUUCAAUUACAUCUAAUUCACAAUAAGUGGUCCUGACUCAGGAUUCAAAUUUGAGCUAAAGAGCUCAGUUAGCUAUGUGACCUAAUGGCAUUAUCUAUUUAGUUUCUGUGGGCACAUUAGGUGCUAAUCAAGCUGAAAGGCAUCCUCUUCAGAAACUUAAAUUAUAAUCAGUAUAACAGAAAGUAGGAGUGUAUUGUUUUCCCCCAAAAGAGUCAAGUGUUAAGGAAAACUUACAUAGAACCAUAAUCCCUUAACUGCAUCUGGAAGCUCAGUCCCUCUGCUAGGUUUAUCCUUGUUUCGCUUAAGUGUUGAUGUUUAUAUUGUGAAGAGAGUCUCUUUGACCAGCUAAAUAAGAAUACAAAAUAUAGUCCCAUCCUAAUUGGCAGGUCACCUGCAAAACAAGUUUAGAAUGGACGUGUAAUCAGCAUCUCUCACUUCAUAGAAUGGGGAAAUUUUAUCCUGGUAAAUGAAAAAACAAAAACUGAGAUACAAAUCCAAGUGUAACUAAAGCCAUUGCCUUUAAUGGGUGGCCUUACCCUGCUUCAGAUGCUGUUUCCUGAACCUUGGAAUACCUCUUGCCCUGGCACUGUUAAUCAAAUUAUAGAAAUGUGAGCGUCCAUGUGAGGGUCUGACAAAUCCUGUGCAGUCAUCUUUGUUUUGUUGGUAGAAAUACAGGCCCUACUCAGGCUCCUCACUUAAUAGUUUGGAAUUAGAAAGGUCAAGCUCUAUUGUUGGAUGGUCAUCCAAAGCCUCACAGCAUGUUACACUAUCACCAGCUGGAAGUCAGAGAGCUUCUUCUAGUAGCUCUGGGUUAACACUCACCCAGAGCUUGCUCUCCACUAAAUGGUGCAUCUCUGAGAAGCCCAGAUAUAACUUGUUAGCUUGGUCCUAUUUCUCACUGCAUAACCAUUGAAGAAAUAACUGUACAUUUGUUGGAAGCACCAGACCCAUGCAGUUAAGAUAACAGUAUGUCUGGUUAGCAUGAAAGUACCACAAUCUAUUUAACAAGCCCUGUAUUGAUAGAUAUUUAUGUUGUUUCUAAUUUUUUGCUGUUACAUACAGGUAUGCCUUGAAUAACGGUGGAUAUGUGCCAUUUUACACACAUGUGCAUCUACCUGUAGACUAGACAUGAAAUUGCUGGGUCAGACGUUUCAGACAGUCAUAAAGGCCCCUGUCUUGUGGCAGCGUGCAUUCACUCGGAAAGUGGCUUCCCAGUAAACCCCAGAGGCUGAAAAAAUUUGUAACCUAGAAGGAAAUCUCAGACCUCAGCUGUGGCUCUCAGUGCUGCCCAGAAGCCAACUUCAUGUCUGCGUGCACAAGCAGCAGUUUGCCAUGGAGAGUUUGGGGCUGCAGACGGUGACCCUCAGUGAUGGGACGACAGCCUACAUCCAGCAAGCUGUCAAAGGAGAGAAGCUGCUUGAAGGGCAAGUGAUCCAGCUUGAGGACGGGACCACCGCAUAUAUUCACCAAGUGGCGGUGCAAAAAGAAUCUCUCUCCUUUGAGGAUGGACAACCCGUGCAGCUGGAAGAUGGCAGCAUGGCCUACAUACACCGCACACCCAAAGAGGGCUAUGACCCCAGCGCCCUGGAAGCCGUCCAGCUGGAAGACGGCUCCACCGCCUACAUUCACCACCCUGUGGCCAUGCCGUCAGACAGCACCAUCCUGGCUGUGCAGGCAGAGGUGGGCCUGGAAGACCUGGCCGCAGAGGAUGAUGAGGGCUUCAGCGCAGACACAGUGGUGGCCCUGGAGCAGUAUGCCAGCAAGGUUCUGCACGACAGCCAGGCUCCCCAUAAUGGCAAAGGGCAGCAGGUUGGGGACAGAGCAUUCCGCUGCGGCUAUAAGGGCUGUGGACGUCUCUACACCACUGCUCAUCACUUAAAGGUGCAUGAACGAGCUCAUACGGGUGACCGUCCAUAUAGGUGUGACUUCCCCAGCUGUGGAAAGGCCUUUGCCACAGGAUAUGGGCUAAAGAGCCACGUGCGCACCCACACUGGUGAGAAGCCAUACAAGUGCCCAGAGGAGCUGUGCAGCAAGGCCUUCAAGACCUCAGGAGACCUGCAGAAGCACGUCCGCACCCACACCGGUGAACGCCCAUUCCGGUGCCCCUUCGAGGGCUGUGGCCGCUCGUUUACCACCUCAAAUAUCCGCAAGGUACAUGUGCGCACCCACACAGGCGAGCGACCCUACACCUGCCCCGAGCCCCACUGUGGCCGCGGCUUCACCAGUGCCACCAACUACAAGAAUCACGUGCGCAUCCACACAGGGGAGAAGCCAUACGUUUGCACGGUGCCAGGCUGCGGGAAGCGCUUCACUGAGUACUCAAGCCUGUACAAGCACCACGUGGUGCACACACACUGCAAGCCCUACACGUGCAGCACCUGCGGCAAGACCUACCGGCAGACCUCCACCCUGGCCAUGCAUAAGCGGAGCGCCCACGGCGAGCUGGAGGCCACGGAGGAGAGCGAGCAGGCCCUUUAUGAGCAACAGCAGCUUGAGGCCACCUCUGCAGCUGAGGAGAGCCCACCACCCAAACGACCUCGUGUUACUUACCUUUCGGAGGUGAAGGAAGAAGGUGAUGACAUCCCAGCCCAAGUGGCCAUGGUGACAGAGGAGGACGGGGCCCCUCAGGUGACUCUGAUCACUCAGGAUGGUGCCCAGCAGCAGGUCAGCCUGUCCCCCGAAGACCUGCAGGCCCUGGGGAGUGCCAUCAGUAUGGUGACCCAGCACGGCGGCACCACCCUCACCAUCCCCAGUCAUGACAACGACCUUGUCCCGUCUGGCACACAUACGGUCGCCAUGGUCAGCGCUGAUGGCACACAGACACAGCCCGUCACAAUCAUUACCUCUGGAGCGGUGGUGGCUGAGGACUCAAGUGUAGCAUCCCUUCAUCAUCAACAGGUGGCGCUGUUGGCUACAGCCACUGGAACACACAUUGCAGUGCAGCUGGAGGAACAACAGACCUUAGAGGAGGCCCUCAGUGUGGCCACUGCUGCUAUGCAGCAAGGGGCUGUGACGCUGGAGACAACCGCAUCGGAGAGUGGCUGCUGAGCCUGAGAGGGCUGGGUCCCACACCAUGCUGAGGAGGUGCCAUGCCGCACAGGCAUCCUUGCCUCCAAGGGCCCAGGCUGUGGCUGACACGUGUAAUGUGGUCACAAAGGUCCCUGGGCAAGAAGGCAGCAGGAAAGCGGCCUAACUGAAGGGUAUGGGGCCCCUACCCAAGAGGAGGGCCAAGCAGUCAGAAUCGAGGGGGCGUCAUCCUCGUGAGCUGAGGAGGACAAGCCUGAUCGCUAGGCUGCACCAGGGCAUCCUCCCCUCAAAAUCAGCUAGGUGACCUCUCUACUUUCUCUAGAUGACAUCCUUCCUGCCUCAAUUCUCUCCUCUUCCUCAGGUGGAGACUGGAGCUGCUGUAGGGACUGGUCCUCCACCCCAAUUGGUCACUGCCCACCAUGGGAAAGGGCAGACAACUUUUUGGUCCAGUAGGGGCAGAGCAGGCCCGGGCCUGCCACUCAGGGGUUUCCCAGCCCCUCCCCGUCCCAGCAAUAACCACCUCCCCAGAGGCCAGCCAAGAUGCCGGGCCAUUUGGCAGCAGGGACUUCCUCAGAAUUCCUCAGGGGCCUGUGGCUGGAGAAAGGGUGCCUAGCCCCCACCAUUCCCCAGCUGCCCCAACCUCUCUGCGGCAGAGGCAGGGAGUGGCCUUGUACAUAAUCUGCUGGGGACUGGAUUUAGUUUGUUGUUUUUUUUUUUUAAUUCCAUUUUGAUAAUUCUUUUUUCCUGCUCUGGACGGUGGUGGCAGACGGGUGAAUGAGUAUUUAAUAAAAGUUCCAAGUUUCCACCUGAGUUUCUCCCUCCCUCCUUUCAGCUCUGGGCCCUGGUGUUAGGGCUGGUGAAGUAUCCCUAGCACAAACCCCAUACCAAACUGGUGGACUGGCCUUGCACAGGCACAGUUACGAGGA